UGUUAUCUCUGUUUCCAAACAGCUCUCCUUCCUAUUCUCGUCGGCUAUAAAAAAGAUCUUCCACUCUCCCCUUCACCUUGUUCUUUUACCAAGCUUUGCCUCCACACACUUCUCUUACUGUUUCCUCUCUUUUCAAAAACUCUAACCGCAUUUCAUAGAACAAUGGCGCACUUUCUGAACGAUGAUCUUGAAUACGUCGCUGAUGAUUAUUACGACGUCACUGACUUCGAAGAUGAUCCAUUUGGUGAUGAACAGUCUCAUAAGAACGACGCUACGGAUUUUGAGUUUGAGGAUGACGUUGAUACGAGCAAGCCAAAGACGGAUACCUCAGCUAAGGAAGCUAGGAACGGGAAAGAUAUUCAAGGAAUCCCUUGGGAAAGGCUUAACUUUACUAGAGACAAGUAUCGCGAGACGCGACUGAAGCAGUACAAGAACUAUGAGAGCCUUUCUCGCUCCCACGAAGAGCUUGAAAGGGUAACCUCGCUGUUUUUUUUCCUCUCUCUAUAUUUACGACAAUGCUUGGAAGUGGAGAAGGGGAAAACCUUUUAUGACUUUCACUUCAAUACAAGACUUGUAAAAUCGACGAUUGUGCAUUUCCAGCUGCGGAAUUUACUGUGGGCAACAUCAAAGCAUGAUGUUUACCUUAUGCAGAACUAUUCAGUAGUGCAUUGGUCAUCUUUGCUCAAAAGGGGCAAAGAAGUACUCAAUGUGGUGAAGCCGAUAGUGCCUACUUUGAAGAAUCCUGGACUGUUGGCACAGACACUUUCUCGAGUACAAAUAAGCACCAUGGCUGUUAAGGAGGGUUUAUUGGUAGCAGGUGGCUUUCAGGGUGAGCUUAUUUGCAAGAACUUGAACCAUCCCGGAGUUGCUUACUGUACAAAAUUGACAACAGAUGAGAAUGCCAUCACCAACACAGUGGACAUUUACCGUAAUCCUAGUGGCUCAAGGAGGGUUAUAGCUGCAAACAAUGAUGCUCAAGUUAGAGUAUUUGAUGCCGAGAAUUUUACUUGCCUUAAUCGCUUUUCCUUCGAUUGGUGUGUGAAUAACACUUGUGUAAGCCCUGAUGGGAAGUUGCUUGCUGUCCUUGGUGACAGUGCUGACUGCUUGAUUGCUGAUGCUCAAACGGGGAAGAUCACUGGGAGCCUCAAAGGGCACUUGGACUACUCUUUUGCCUCUGCUUGGCAUCCAGAUGGACGUAUUUUGGCUACCGGGAACCAAGACACCACCUGCAGAUUGUGGGACAUAAGGAACCUGUCAGAAUCCUUAGCCGUCCUGAAGGGAAGAAUGGGGGCAAUAAGAGCUGUUAGGUUCACUAACGAUGGCCGGUUUCUGGCCAUGGCUGAACCUGCAGACUUUGUUCACAUCAUCGAUACACAGUCAGGGUACUCUAAAGGGCAAGAGAUAGACAUAUUUGGCGAGAUUGCUGGAAUAUCCUUUAGCCCCGAUGCUGAGGCACUCUUUGUUGGUGUAGCGGAUCGUACUUAUGGUAGUUUAUUAGAGUUCAACAGGAGGCAUUUUAACCAAUAUCCACAAACGAUGUUUUAAGAUAGAACUCGUUUAAGAUGGAAAAAGUGUAUAACUGUAUAUUCAUUCGUUCAGGGUCUGUAUAAAAAAUAUGACUUAAGUUUGCUUGUUAUGCAUUUGUUUCAACUUUGUGGAGGGACUUAACUAUAUUUAUGACUCAAGUCCCUUCUUAAUAUCCACACCUGCUCAGAUUUUAGCUAAGUUGGUCUUGGAGCUGAAUUUUAUUUUCUGAAGCAAAAUUGAAAUUUUGUCUUUGUAAAGCUCGAAAAAGUUGAUAGAUAGGUCAUAUGUGCUACUUUUACUCGUUUUCAUAUCAUUGUUUGCUUAUGAUGCGUGUAAAGUGUAACUAGUUGGGCACACAAAAAACUCUGUUUGUAAUUUUUCCUUUUACAUUUGCCCUCUUUUGAAUUUACGCUACUCUAGUCUCAUCCAUACCAA